AUGAAACCGCUCAAAUUAUAUGAACAGACAGGAGGUAAUGCAUCUGCAGCUAAUGAAUAUACUGCUGUAAAAAGACAGUCAGAGGGAACAAGCAUCUUGCUAACUGUGCUGUCCUCUUUAAUUGUCAUGCUUAUAGUUUUAGGUAACAGUGUUGUUAUAUUGGCUUUCAUUGUGGACAGGAGACUCAGAACUCGCAGUAACUUCUUUCUUCUAAAUCUGGCCAUUUGUGAUUUUUUAGUAGGAGCCGUCUCCAUAUCGCUUUCUAUACCUUAUACGUUGACUGGGAAAUGGAUGUUUGGAAAGUUUCUCUGCAAACUGUGGAUAACGUUCGACUACACAACCACAACUGCUUCUGCCUACAGUGUCGUCCUCAUCAGUUAUGACAGAUUUCUAUCUGUCAACAAGGCUGUCUUACAUCGCUCUCUACAAGUAAGACACAGUCAGACAGCACUUAUUAUGACCCUUGUCUGGAUUUUUUCAUUUGUUGUCUAUGGACCAGCAGUUCUUCUGUGGGAGACCAUUACCGGUACCAAUAACCUUCCGGAGGACAGCUGUCGUGCUGGGUUUCUUGAAACAUGGUAUUUUAUUCUUGGUGCAUCUACUUUAGAUUUCAUCCUCCCAAUUCUCAGUAUUUCAUUUUUUAAUUUAAGAAUCUACAUAGAAAUCAUAAAACGCAGCACAAAGAGACAAAAUAGUUCCACAUCUAGUUCUUCUAAAGAAAUAGCAAACAAUAUAAUGUCAUUUACCAUAGCAAACAAUACUGUCCUUUCAUCACCACAGACAAAUGAAAAGGAGGACAGUAACCCAGUUCCAUGCAGUGACCUUAAGAUCAAGUCCGACUCUCCCCAGAACCCUGAAAGACUGGACAGACAUAAUAAUAGUAAUAAACUUUCCCAGGACAAGAAGGCUGCAAAAUCUCUGGCAAUUUUGGUUUCUGUUUUCAUUCUUUGCUGGACUCCUUAUUCAAUCUUUGUGUGUAUCCGUGCUGUCUGCCAUGGAGCCUUUGCACAAAAUUCCCCUCAUUACAUGCUAAAUUAUGAAAACCAUUCUCUAAUUGCAGGUCUUACAUCACUCGCUACAGAAAAGACACAGUCAGACAGCAUUCGAUAUGACUCUUGUCUGGAUACUGGCAUUCCUUGUCUAUGGACCAGCAGCUCUUCUGUGGGAGACCAUUACCGGUAUUAA